AUGCUGCCGAGACUGGGCGGCCCCGACCUGCCAUGGCUCCUGCCGCUACUGCUGCUGCCGCUGCUGGGCGCGGGAGGCGGCGUGCGUGCGGAGGUGCUAUUCCGCUGCCCGCCCUGCCCGCCCGAGCGUCUGGCUGCCUGCGGGCCCCCGCCGUCUGCCACCGGGGCCGGGCCGGCCAGCAGCGCCAGCGCGCCCUGCGCUGAGCUCGUCCGCGAGCCGGGCUGCGGCUGCUGCUCGGUGUGCGCUCGGCUGGAGGGCGAGGCAUGUGGCGUCUACACCCCGCGCUGCGCCCUGGGGCUGCGCUGCUAUCCCCACCCAGGCUCUGAGCUGCCCCUGCAGGCGCUGGUCCAGGGCGAGGGCAUUUGCAGAAAGCUCCUGGACACCGAGUCCGGCGCCAGCCCCGAGCAGGUUGCAGACAAUGAUGAUGAGCACUCUGAGGGAGACCUGGUUGAGAACCAUGUAGACGGGACCAUGAACAUGCUGGUCGUUGGAGGCACUGCUAACCGGAAGCCCCUCAAGUCAGGCAUGAAGGAGCUGGCUGUGUUCCGGGAGAAGGUGACCGAGCAGCACCGGCAAAUGGGCAAAGGUAGCAAGCAUCACGUUGGCCUGGAGGAGCCCAAGAAGCUGCGGCCACCACCUGCCAGGACUCCCUGCCAGCAGGAGCUGGACCAAGUCUUGGAGCGGAUCUCCACCAUGCGCCUGCCCGAUGAGAGAGGUCCGCUGGAACACCUCUACUCCUUGCACAUCCCCAACUGCAACAAACAUGGCCUAUACAACCUCAAACAGUGCAAGAUGUCUCUGAAUGGACAGCGUGGAGAAUGCUGGUGUGUGAACCCCAACACCGGGAAGGUGAUCCAGGGUGCCCCCACCAUUCGGGGCGACCCCGAGUGCCAUCUCUUUUACAACGAGCAGCAGGAGGCCCUUGGGGCCCAGGCUCAGUGA